AUGCCCCCGCUGUCGAGGGCAUCGGCCAGCCGCCGCCGGGGAAGCAGCUGGCAGCCACGGCGCAUGGCUGCCAGCUCGUCGUCGUCCGGCUCGGCGUCGAGGUCGGCGCCAUCAUGGGCGCCGGUGGAAAUGGAGCCGCCUUCCCCGCCGAGCAACCGUGCGUGCAACGGCGGCGGGAUCGUCAUCCGCGAGCCCUCGACGACACGAGGACGCCUCCUCCCCAAUCGUGAACCAGACACCUCCGGCGAGCGGAAGCGCAAGCCGGCGAAGGUGAAGGUGGAGGAGGCCAACGAUGCCGAGGACGCCGCGAUCCUCGAGGCCGUCAUGGCGAGGUCCCUCCAGGACCUCGUCCCCGCCGACAACGCCAUGCCCCUCGACCAGGCCUGCACCUGGUCGAGGGAGCAGUGGGAGAAGGAGGAGGCGGAGCGGCAGGCUCAGCUCCUCGAGGACGUCGCUCGCUACCGCCGGCCUGCGACUCCUCCAUCCGGUGUCCCCGUGCCCGUCAUCGACCUCGAGGAGUCCGACGACGACUGCCACCCCAGCCCCUGCCCAAGGCACUGCGCGACGCCGCCCCAGGCCCCGCCCCUGCGCGCUGCCCCGCCCUUGCGCGAUGCCGCCCCGCCCCGAGCCCCGCCCCUGCGCGACGCCGGCCCGCCCCAGGCCCUGCGCACUACCCCGCCCCCCGCCGCCGCCCCUGCGCGCUGCCCCGCCAGCGUCCUCCUGCAGCAGCUCGGCGGGCAGACCCCCGACGUGCUAUGCGACACCGCCCCGGCCCCCUGCCGCGACCGACGCAAGGCACGAACGAGCUCCUUCAACUGUCGCUUGGUUCCAGCCUGCGCGAUUUUCUGA